CCGCCAAACUUUUGCAUCGUUUCUAUUUUGGCUGCAGACAGUGCGUGUUUCAAAUUAUUUUUCUAGAAUAUUAAUAAUUUUGGGCGAAAUAAAGUGUUUAAAUAUUUAAUUAGAAUUACCAGCAUUGUACAGUGAGUGGUUUAUAUCCCAGUGGUAGUGAAAUUUUGAAUAUUUCCAUGUUGACUCGAGAUUAGAUUAGACCCCACUUGAAGCGAGAAACUACGUCGCAGUCCUAUCAAAUUGCAAGCACCAUCAUGUCGAAGGACAUCCGCUCGUUCUUCUCCGUGGGAUCGAAGACGAAAAAACCCGACCCACCGAAGCAGCAGUCGUCAUCGUCGUCGUCCGGUUCGUCGAGCAGCAAGCGGAAGGUCAUCAUCGACAGCGAUGAGGAACCGGAAGACCGUCACCACAAGAAACCGGUUCCAACGCCCGAGCGAUCCGGCAGCGGUUCAUCAUCGCAUCACAAAAAACGCCGGGUGAUCGAUUCGGACGAUGACGAGGACGGUGGCAAAAAGAAGAGUCCGGCGAAGAAGAGCAGUUCGUCGUCGUCGUCAAAGCCGGAUCUGUCUAAACUGAUACCGGUCAAUGCGGCGGACAUUUUCAGCUCGGCUCCGGUCAAACGGAAGGAGCUGCCGAAACCGACCAAGAAAGCUAUUAAGGAGGAGAUUGAGAUUCACUCGGAUGAGGAGUUUGAGAAAACGUUGGCUGGGUUGGAUGAGGUGAUUCCGGAAACGCCGGAACCGGUGAAAAAGAAGGUCAAGCAAAGUCCUGCGAGGAUAAAAGAAGAGAGUUCGGUUAAGAGUCCGGAGAAGAAGAAGGAAACUAACGGACAUGAUCCCAAGGAUGAGAAGAAGAGGAAAACACCCACGCCGGAGAAAAAGAAGGAGAAACCGGUUAAAACGGAAAGCAUGAGCGAUGCGGAAGGAACGCCGAAGGGUUCCAAGAAGGCGGCGAAUGAGUCCAUUCUAACGGAUGAGGAGCGGUACGAGAGAAAGCGUAUGUCGGCGGCGUUGUAUCAGAAGUUCAAAAAUCGGCAGGGUCCGGCCAAUCCGGGCAGCAAAGAGAUUCCCAAGGGUAAGCCGGAUUGCCUGGCGGGGCUGCAGUUCGUGGUAACCGGGGUGUUGGAGUCGAUGGAGCGAGACGAGUGUGCACAAGUGAUUAAGGACUUUGGCGGAAAGGUUGUUGGUUCUGUGUCAAAGAAAUUGACCCACAUGGUGGUCGGUGAGGAUGCAGGGCCCUCGAAGCUGGCCAAGGCGGAAGAGCUGGGUAUUCCACAGAUUUCGGAAGACGACCUGCUGGAUUUGAUCCGAGAAAAAUCGGGACUUCCGAAGAAGGGUGGUAGUUCUAAUGGUUCCAAAGAGGAGAAAGUCAAAUCCAAAGAGACGAAAUCACCUUCCAGCGAUUCCAAAGAAAAGAAGCGAAAACAUGCUGAUAAGGAACCGGAUGUCAAGAAAAAGAAGGCGACACCGGAAAAGAAGCGAACUCCAGAAAAGAAGCACUCCGAAUUCAGCGCACCAGUUGCAAAACUGCCGAAAAUUCCAAAGCUCGAGAAACCCUCAAGCAAAACCGAGAAAACUUCCCCGAUGAAAAAAUCCCCGAAAAAACUCGAACCACAAGCUCCGAUCAAACGAGAAGUAACCUCCUAUCAAAAGGACAUCGCCAGCACGGACAACAUGGCCUGGGUUGACAAGUAUAAGCCCACCUCGAUCAAGCAAAUUAUCGGUCAAACUGGCCCAGCCAGCAACGUCCAAAGACUCCUCACCUGGCUAUCCAAUUGGCACUCGAACAACGACGGCAAGAAGAAACACCCCCGUCCCAGUCCCUGGGCCAAAAACGACAACGGUGCCUACUUCAAGGCGGCCCUUCUUUCCGGACCCCCUGGUGUAGGCAAAACCACCACUGCCACCCUGGUCUGCAAGGAGCUCGGGUUCGACGCGGUCGAGUUCAACGCAUCCGACACGCGCAGCAAAAAACUGCUCAAGGAGCAAGUGUCCGAACUGUUGAACAACAAGUCCCUCUAUGGGUACUUUACCGACAGUAGCGGUGGCGCUGGUGGAGCGGACGCGAAGGUUAGCAAGAAGCACGUCCUCAUCAUGGACGAGGUGGAUGGGAUGGCAGGAAAUGAGGAUCGCGGCGGAAUCCAGGAGCUGAUUGCGCUGAUCAAGGACAGCCAUGUGCCGAUUAUUUGCAUGUGUAACGAUCGGAACCAUCAGAAGAUGCGGUCGCUGGUGAACUAUUGCUUCGAUUUGCGGUUCAAUAAGCCGCGUGUGGAGCAGAUUAAGGGCGCCAUGAUGUCCGUUUGCUUCAAGGAAGGUCUAAAACUCGCCCCCGGAGCCCUCGAGGAAAUCAUUUCCGGUACCGGUGGUGAUGUCCGCCAAACCCUUAACCAUCUGGCACUGCACAGCGCUGGAAAAAGUAUUCCGGGUUCGGGAAAUCUCAGCGUUGACCAAGCUAAGAAAGAAGCGGAAACCGCUCGCAAGGACGUCAAGAUGGGCCCGUGGGAUGUGGUCCGGAAGGUGUUCUCUGCCGACGAGCACAAGAACAUGUCCAUCCAUGACAAAUCGGAUUUGUUCUUCCACGAUUACAGCUUGGCACCGUUGUUCGUUCAGGAGAAUUAUUUGAAGGUGACACCUCGUGUUCCGAAGGCCCAACUGAUGGAUCAGGUGGCUUUGGCUGCGGACAGCUUAAGCCGAGGCGACAUGGUAGAUCGCCGAAUCCGGUCCAGCAUGGCGUGGUCGCUUCUUCCACUGCAAGCCAUGUACAGCUCGGUACUUCCCGGGGAGUACAUGGAGGGCAACUUCACCGGCCAGAUAAACUUCCCCGGUUGGUUGGGCAAGAACUCCAAGGCUUCCAAGCGAAAACGCUUGGCCCAGGAAAUCCACGAUCACACUAGGAUUAGCACUUCCGGAUCGCGACUUUCGGUUCGGUUAGACUACGCUCCGUUCCUGGUGAAUGCGAUUGUGCGCCCUCUGAAGCAGCAGGGUUCCGAAGGAGUUCCCGAAGCACUCAAUGUCAUUAAAGAAUACCGUUUGCUGAGGGAAGACUUGGAAUCUCUAACCGAGCUGACCACGUGGCCCAAACAGAAGAAUCCAAUGGAUUCGGUGGACGGCAAGGUCAAGGCUGCCUUGACCAGGGCCUACAACAAAGAAAUCGCACCGUAUUCGUACUCGGCGGUCAAUACGGUGAAGAAGAAGCGAGCUGAAGCCGCCGCUGAUGAAACAAGCGAACUCUACGGGGAAGAAGGCGAAGAAAAUGCGGCGGCCGAUUCGGAUGAGGAGAAAGAGGACGAUGAUCUGGAGAACAAUGCGUUUAUCAAGGUGAAGAAGAAGCCAGCGGCGAAGGGAGCUGGCGGCGAGGGAGCGUCCAAGGAGGGAGCGAAAGCUGGCGGUUCGAAGGGUAAGGCCAGCGGGUCCGGCAAAGGUAAGAAGAAGUAGCUUGGGAGUCUCAUGUAUUGUUGUAGGUACUUGUUAGUGUUAGCAGUAUCAGGAAUAAAUUUAGGCUUUCUACGUUAA